GAUACUGAUAACCCCUUACGUCAACAAACGAUUUCCAGGUGCAACACGCACAUAGGUGACCUUACUCUGCAUUCUCCAGAGCUAUGGAUCGGCUCAAAGUCUCGGUUCCUAGCGAACAAUUGACUGGGAAUUCGGCAGGAGAUCUUACACCUGGCAGCAAUAACUCAACGAUGGAGCCAGAUAUUGACAGCUCACGAUCCUCACAAACUGAGCCAACUAAAUCGGCUAAGGCAUAUCGUUUCAGUUCAAUUCUUCACAAUUCCAUCAAGUCUGUACAGCGACUACGCCUUCGAAAGCCAUCACUCCUACGAGGGCUGCUCUUAUUGGGAGCUACAUCAACUAUUGCAUCUUCUGUACUCAUCACUCUAUUAUACGUCUUCAUCUUUGUCCUACAGCCUCAAGCUCUGAAAGACGCAGCCUCCCAAAGCUUCAUCUCCAACAACCCCAUCUUGACGGAUGGCCAGCCGGUCGACGGCUUAUCGAGAUGGCUGGAGGAUUUCUCGCGUUCAGUCAUUCCAAUCAUGUGUCACUCUCACAACGAUUACUGGAGGCCUUACCCCCUUUACUCGGCUCUUGCAGCGGGCUGUACCGGGGUGGAAGCAGACAUUUGGUUGAGUGAUGAUGGAUCCGACCUGCUUAUUGGCCACGAUGAACAUGAAUUGUCGCCCACGAAUACUUUGCGAUCCAUGUAUCUUGAUCCUUUGUUGAACAUUCUCAACACCAUGAAUCCUCCGGAGCAAUGGUCGAACUUCAGCCGGGUAGAUCGCCCGCAGGGAAUUUUCAGGAGUCAACCGAAUAUCACGGUAGUUCUGCUCCUGGAUAUCAAGAGUGAUCCGUAUAAGACGUGGCCAGUGGUGAUGGAGCAGCUUGGACCCCUUCGAGAAAAGCUCUUCCUCACACGCUUCGAGGUAGUAAAUACCGAGCCAGGUUUCAGGCUGAGGCAAGAUAUGUGGCCAGGCCCUGUGACCAUCGUGGGUACUGGCAAUCUCAUGGAUGAUCGCAUGAUAAAUCAGUGGCCAACGAAUGAGCUGUACCAGCAGUAUCAUGACGCCUUCCUCGACGCGCCGUUGGAGCAACUUCCCGAUGAUAACUGGCGCAAGUACGAGGAUUAUGGGUACUUUGCCUCCCAAUCGUGGCAUGAGCAAGACACCUUUUACGCAUCCGUGUCUUUUGAGAAGAGUAUCGGAUCGGUCCGCACUGGCUUCAGCAGCAAGCAACUUGCGAAGUUGAGGAGGCAGAUCAGUACUGCAAAGUGGUCAGGUCUCAAGUCGCGGUAUUGGGACCUGCCCAGUUGGCCAAUCUCACACCGUGAUUACGUCUGGGAGGUGUUGACAAGGGAGGGAGUUGACAUGUUGAAUGUCGAUGACCUGCAGAGCGCAGCAAGAAGAGGAUGGACGAAGGGUUACGUGCAAAGCGUGAUAUGGAUAGCUUUGACUUCGACUGUCAUCUUCCUGACGGGUCUUGCGAUGACGUGGUGCGGAUUCACAGCUAUCAAAAGGCAUAUGAAGGGUCUUCAAUCUCAGAGUAUUGUGCUGGCAUAGGCUAUAAUAG